AUGGGUCCCAAGAAGCUCACCUGGCUCAUCACUGGUUGCUCCUCAGGCUUCGGCCUCUCCCUGACACGCGCCGCACUCGCUGGGGGGCACAAGGUCAUUGCAACUUCCCGCAACCCUUCUCGCACCCCGGAACUGGUCGCCGAGGUUGAGAGUAAAGGGGGUAAAUGGGUCAAGCUGGAUCUGGACGACCCGCAGAAUGGUGAUGUGAUUACUGAGCUUGAGAAGGGUGGGGAUGAUCAUAUUGACGUGCUUGUCAACAACGCAGGCUGGUCCGUCCACGCACCUGUUGAGACCUUCACCGAAGAGGAAGUGCGAGCGCAAAUGGAAACAAUCUAUUUUGGCCCGCUCCGUCUGAUCCGCGCGGUUCUGCCCCAUAUGCGUCAGCGCCGGUUUGGUGUGAUUGUCAACAUGAGUAGCGGUGCCUCGCUCGACGGCAUGCCCUCGAUGGGUGUCUAUGCGGGUGCGAAGGCCGGUUUGGAUGGUCUCACCAAGGUCCUUGCCAAGGAGGUUGCUCCAUUCAACAUCCGCACCCUGACCGUUGUACUCGGCACCUUUAACACCAAUAUGCCCGGUACUGUGGGUCUGGGCAAGACGCCUCUCCCAGAGGAUUACAAGGGAACCGUCACCGAGCAGGUGCAGGAUCUUCUGAUGACCGGGAAGCUCAAGUUGAAUGGGGAUAAAGAUAAAGCCAUGAACGCCUUAUACCAGAUAAUCAUAGGGGAGGGAGUAGGCGAAGGACUUGAAGCAGAGAGACUACUGCCUCUGGGUAGCGAUAUGACUCCUCGCCUUCAGGGAGUGCGGGACUUUCUCGGCCAUGCUCUGGAGGUAUUUGGCUCGGUGACUAAUAAUGUGAAUAUCGACGAGUAG